GCAUCGUGACCGUAGGCCGGCGACGGUGAAGAUGCCUCGGCGUUCACCGCUCGCCCGAUGACUGUCUCAACCAUGGACGAGUCGCAGGGCCACCUGAAGCCUUAGCCAUGGCCACCGUUGCGAUGAUAAACCGAUGCUCACCUCGGAGCUUGCUUUCGAAUUUACAGCGCAGCCGCAUGCCAAGGCCGCAUCUCCAAUUGUGCUCGUCGUAUCACCUCCGUCACGUCUAUUCGGCUCCUUUUUUCCGCUCCUCAGGGUGUAGGAGUUAUACUACGGCUGUGAAGGCUAUGGCGCAAACUGAGCAAGGCGUUGUUGCAGGUCGGACAAAAGUCGGAUGGAUAGGGACGGGAGUGAUGGGGCAGGCUAUGUGUGGCCACAUUCUGGAUGCUGGCUUUGCCGUCACCGUUUACAAUCGAACUCCUAGCAAAGCUGAAGGGCUAUGUCAGAAAGGUGCAGUCAUGGCCGACUCUCCAAGUGCUGUUGCUGAAAAUAGCGAUGUAGUCUUCAUGAUCGUGGGAUACCCAGCAGACGUGCGGGAAGUGAUUCUAGGAGAGAAAGGAAUUCUACAAACUCUUCGUCCGGGUGGAAUUGUGGUUGAUAUGACGACAAGUGAACCUUCUUUGGCUCGUGAGAUAUUUGAUGCUGCUCAAAAAAGAGGUUGUGAUGCAGUCGAUGCACCUGUGUCAGGGGGAGACAAAGGAGCUAAAGCAGGGACUCUUGCAAUAAUGGCUGGAGGUCGAAAAGAAACUAUUAGUACAUUGGGACCUCUAUUUAUGUGCAUGGGCACUCCAACAUUCAUGGGCCCUGCAGGGUGCGGGCAAAGCUGUAAACUAGCGAAUCAAGUUACGAUCGCAUCAACAAUGGUUGGCCUUGUAGAGGGAAUGAUGUAUGCGCAUAAAGCAGGACUGGAUGUUACAACGUUCUUGCAAGCAAUAGCAGGGGGUGCAGCCGGCUCUAAGUCCUUAGACUUGUAUGCUGGUCGCAUUCAGAACCGUGACUUUGCUCCAGGCUUUUAUGUGAACCAUUUCGUGAAAGAUCUAGGGAUUGCAUUAGAUGAAUGCAAGCAGAUGGGACUCGCACUACCGGGACUUGCUCUUGCUCAGCAGCUGUAUGUGUCAUUGAAGGCACAUGAUGAUGGUAACCUUGGCACUCAGAGUCUAGUUAAAGCUUUGGAGAGGCUCAACAAUAUCACACUACCUCAGGUCCCAAAGUAGAUAUUAAGUCGGGAUCAAAUCCUCGUAGUCUGAACCUCAGGGCAGGUCAAGAGCAUCGUCCGUAGAUACUGCAUUCCCUUCCUCUUUACCUCCUGCAAGUACUGUUGUGUGAUUCGAAUGAAUUUGAGUUGUCUGCAUUACGACGAAUUUUUAACAACUGUCAUACCUUGGUACCCAUGUGCUACCAUCGCUAAUAAACAUGGUCCACCAAUAAGAUAGAGGAAA